AUGCCACCGUUCGUCCCCCGCAAGCGCGUAUCCUCCGAGGACCCGCCCCCGGCCAAGCGCCAGGCCCGGCCCGAUGAAGCCCCGUUCCACCUGUCGGACUCCGAUUCAGAUUCCGAAUCGUCCUUGAGCGACGCUCCAGACGGGCUUAUCAAGGAUACCAAGGAUGAGGAGGAGUCUGACGAGGACAUUGAUUGGGAGGAUGCUAUCGACACAGGCACUACGAGCGCAACAACCCCGGCCACUGCAGCCCCGGAACUACGUGAUCUGGAAUUGACCUUUGAUAAGAAUGAAACACAUACGGCAGACCUACUGGAUGGAAAAAAAGGCCCUAGCAAGAUCGAGCGCCAUAUCCGUGUCCAGACACAUUGCAUGCAUGUCCAGUGCUUGCUGUUCCACAAUGCCAUUCGCAAUUCCUGGAUCAAUGAUUCCACGGUCCAGGAGACCCUACGCAAAAAUUUACCAGAAGGGAUCCACAAGGAAGUAAAGAAAUGGCGCAUUGCAUCUGGGUUGGAGCUUCCAGAGCCGAAUCCUGAACCAUCGAAAAGCAAGAAGAAGGGCAAAAAAGCCCAGAAGAACAAGGAUUGGAGCGCGGACUCGGAGCGGCUGGAACCCGGUCAGCCGGAUAUGAGUCGGGGUGAUCCGAUCAUCACGUUGAUAAAGAUCCUGGUUGCGUACUGGCGGAAGCAGUUUCAUAUUACUGCGCCGGGAUUGCGCAAGUAUGGAUAUCGACCAGUCUCGGAUCUUGAAAGUGUCAUUUCUGAUUUCCGCGAGGAGGAGCAUGAUCCGGCGCGCCAUGGUGAGCGCAUUGCUAAGCUAGACGAGUUCCGUGCUACUGCUGAACGCAUGCAGGGCUCGCGAGAUGUCGGUGCGCAGCUCUUUACCGCUCUUAUUCGGGCUUUAGGCAUUGAGGGUCGGCUUGUGGGAAGUCUUCAACCACUGGGAUUUGGUUGGACUAAAAAUGAGGUCUAUACACCGUCCAAGGAGUCCGAAAAGAAGGAAACAGAGGAGAAAGAAGAACCUGCACAAUCUGAGUCCGACGCAGAUGAGACACCAGCCAAGGUGACAAAACGUAAGCAGUUCGACAAGGACCUCCCAUUCCCGAUCUAUUGGACUGAAAUUGCGUCUCCAAUAACGAAUGAGAUCAUCUCUGUCGAUCCUCUGGUCCUUUCGAAUCCCGUCGCACCAACCGGGGAUCUCCAAGCUACCUUCGAACCUCGCGGCGCAAAAGCCGAACGAGCCAAACAAGUGAUAUGCUACGUCGUUGCGCACUCAACAGAUGGCACAGCAAAAGAAGUUACCACACGCUACCUCCGAAAGCGUACCUGGCCAAGCAAAACCAAAGGCUUCAGAAUGCCCCUAGAAAAGAUUCCUUUACCGGGCCUACGAGGCCAAUACAUCGCCUUCGAUUGGUUCGGAAUGGUAAUGCGCGGUUACCAAAGACCAAAAGAGAGACGAACAGCAGUAGACGAGCUCGAAGACGAACGCGACCUCAAACGCAACCAACCCGAGAAGAAAAAAGUAGCGCCAAACCAUGAUACCCUUCAAAGCCUCCGCACGUCGUCAGAAUUCGUACUGGAGCGCUUCCUUCGCCGCGAAGAAGCCCUUAAACCAGGUUCCGAGCCAGUCCGCACAUUCACCUCCGGCAAAGGCGUCCGCGCCAAAGAGGAACCCGUUUUCAAGCGCGCAGAUGUGGUCAAAUGUCUCUCAGCUGAAAGCUGGCAUAAAGAAGGUCGCCAGACCGUUCCAGGAGCAGUACCUCUAAAGCGUGUCCCUAUCCGGGCCGUGACCCUCCUCCGCAAACGUGAAGUCGACGAGAUGCAGCGUGAAACUGGCGAAAAACCUCUCCAAGGAUUAUAUGCCCGUGACCAAACGGAGUACAUUAUCCCACCCCCUAUUGAAGAUGGACAUAUUCCCAAGAAUGAUUAUGGGAAUAUCGACUGUUUCGUGCCCAGCAUGGUUCCGCGUGGUGCGGCGCAUGUGCCGUUACCGGGAACAGUGCGGAUCUGUAAGAAGCUGGGCAUCGAUUAUGCAGAAGCUGUUACCGGCUUUGAAUUUGGGUCUAAGAUGGCUGUGCCUGUUAUUCAGGGUGUUGUGAUUGCGGAGGAGAAUGAGGAGUUGCUUCGGGAUGCGUGGAGGGCAGAUGCUGCCGAGAAACGAAAGAAGGAGGAAUUGAAGGCUGAGAAGAGGAUUUUGCAGACUUGGCGGAAGUUCUUGUUUGGGUUGAGGAUUAUGGAGAGGGUUCGGGAGGAGUAUGGAGGUGGAGAUCCUGAGGCUGGGAAGGAGAGGGAUGAGCACAAUCCAUUUGCUUUGAAAAAGAGGAAGAGAGAUGAGGAGGAGGAAGAGGGAGAACGAGAAGAAGGUGGCCAUGAUCAUCCGGAGUCUGAACAUGAUCCGAUGGAUUAUGGCGGUGGGUUCCUCCUUCCUGGCGAAGAUGAUGCUGAUGAUGGGUUGAUCGUGGAACAUCACGAGGAGAAGAAACAAGCUGGUCCAUCCCAGUCUCGUGGGGAAUCCGAAGGAGAUGGUGCGUCAGAAUCACUGUCACCGCCUAUUUCCAUCCCCUCAGCCUCAGAUAACGAGGAACAGGACGAUGAUGACGACGGCGAAGAUGCAAAGCCCGAAUACACACCUCGUCCCACGCGCCGAACUGCGCGGCGUUGA